UGAAUCUAGCAAUGACUUAUAAAGUAAGCUCAACACAGUAAACAAGAAGCAAUGGGUAGCUCCUCAACAGAACCCCUAAAGCUCCUCCCAGAUUUGACCUGAACACACUGAAACUCUGAAAAAAAAGAAGAAACAGAAAGCAAAGAGAAUGAGCAGCCCACAUAUUUUAGCUAUUCCUGUUCCUGCACAAGGCCAUGUAAUUCCCAUGAUGGCGCUCUCACAAUGCUUAGUGAAUCAUGGCUUCAAAGUCACAUUUGUCAACACAGACUUCAAUCACAACCGCGUCGCGAACGCCUUGCCUGAUGGUCAAAGUCAUAUGACGAAGGAUCGUAUCGAUCUAGUUUCAAUUCCGGAUGGUUUGGAACCGGGGGAGGACAGGAGAGAUCUAGGACUGUUAACGGAAGCAAUGCGACGAGUCAUGCCAGGGAAGUUGGAGGAGCUGAUAGAGAAGAUUAACGGAGGGGAUGACGAAAAAAUCACUUGUGUCAUUGCUGAUCAGGGUAUCGGGUGGGCGCUUGAAGUUGCGGCGAAGAUGAAAAUCAAGGCGGUCGCCUUUUGGACUGCGUCAGCUGCGGUCUUGGCCUUGAAACUUAACAUCCCCAAGUUAAUUGAUGAAGGAAUCAUUGACAAUGAUGGAACCGUAUUGAAAAGCCAGGCGAUUCAGUUGGCACCAAACAUGCCCGCCAUAAAAACUGCAGACUUUGUGUGGGCGUGUAUUGGUAACGAAACCACUCAGAAAAUCAUGUUUCAAUUUAUGGUAAGAAGCAUCAAGGCUGUGCAAGUAGCAGACUGGAUUCUUUGCAACUCUGCAUACGGCCUCGAGCCAGCAGCAUUCACCUUUGCACCCGAGAUUUUUCCAAUAGGUCCACUCUUGGCGAGCAGCCGGCUUGAGAAUUCAGCAGGCAACUUCUGGCAGCAAGACUCAACUUGCUUGCAAUGGCUGGAUCAACAGCUGCCCAGCUCAGUGAUCUAUGUUGCAUUUGGAAGCUUCACGAUUUUCAAUCAAACACAAUUCCUGGAGCUUGCUCUGGCUCUUGAAUUAUCCGAGAGGCCAUUUCUCUGGGUUGUGAGGCCGGAUAUCACUGACACGACAAGUGAUCCCUACCCGGAAGGAUAUAAAGAGCGAGUAGCCUCUCGCGGUCAAAUGGUGAGUUGGGCGCCUCAACAAAAGGUUCUGGCUCAUCCGUCGAUUGCUUGCUUCUUAAGUCACUGCGGUUGGAACUCUACCCUAGAAGGCCUAAGCAAUGGGCUUCCUUUCUUGUGCUGGCCAUACUUUGCAGACCAGUUCACUAACGAGAGCUACAUUUGUGACGUUUGGAAGGUGGGAUUGAAAUUCGAAAAGAAUGAAACGGGAAUCGUCCUGAAAGAAGAAAUCAAGAACAAGGUAGAUCAACUGCUCGGUGACGAAAUUUAUACAGCAAGAGCUCGCAAACUCAAGGAAGUGGCCAUCACUAAUGUUGAAGAAGGCGGCCAAUCUAACAAAACCUUAAAGAACUUUAUUGAAUGGAUGAAAUCAUAGAGAAGUAAAUCUAAGAUCAAAGUUUGAGAGUCAUAAGAUACUA